AUGGCAAAUGUAUCUAUGGUCUUCACCUUCCAUGACUUUGUUCUUUUAGGGCUCAAGGAGAUGGAGCACCUGAAAUAUUUCUAUUUUGUUGUUGCCCUAGUAAUAUAUUUCAGCACAAUGUUCUUAUGCACUUUAACUGUGUAUGUUGUAUGGACAGAACAAUCUCUCCAUGAACCUAUGUACAUCUUCAUAUGUAACCUGGUGGGAAAUGAUAUGAUUGGCAGCUCAGCAUUCCUCCCCAAGCUGACCAUAGACUUGUUCUCUGGAUGUUCUACCAUCUCUCUGUCUGGAUGUCUGACCCAAGCAUUCUUUCUUCAGGUCUUUGCUUCUGUAGAGAUACUAACUUUUACCAUCAUGGCCAUUGACAGAUAUUUGGCUGUUUGUUUUCCAUUGAGAUACCACUCUCUGAUGACCAAUAAGAAGGGCAUACAGUCUUUGGUUAUCAUCUAUUCAAUAAUUUCAAUAUGUGUGUUAAUAAGUGUAAUGUUGCUGUUCAGGUUAACAUUAUGUGGUAAUAUCAUCAAUAAUGUGUUCUGUGAAACAAUGUCUCUUAUCCGGUUGGGUUGUGCCAGUACAGCCAUCAACGACGCCUAUGGGACAAUUUGGACUUUACUGAUGGUCAUAGGCUCCAUUGUCACCGUGAUCUACUGCUACAUUUGGACAUUCUAUGUCUGCCUGAAGAUCUCAUUGGAAGCCUCCAAGAAAGCCAUCCACACACUGGUGACCCACGUAAUCACAUACUCUACUUUCAUGGUAGCUGUUGUAUUUCUUGUUUUCAGAUAUAGGUUAAAUAGUGGUUCCCUAUCUACUGUGACACACAUUAUAAUCUCAAUAAGUGGUCUGCUGGUGUCUAUCACCCUCAAUCCUCUAAUCUACGGGAUAAGGACAGAAGCUUUAAGGAAGAAGAUAAGUCGAACAUUAAAGGAAAUCUUUCCAGAAAUUGGUUGA